UUCACGCCGGGCCGUUGGAUCAUCGAGAACAUCGUGGAGAACAUCGAGAGGAGCGCCAAGGCCAUCUUCGUCCUCUCCCGCAGCUUUGUCGACAGCGAGUGGUGCAACUACGAGCUCUACUUCGCCCACCAGCGCGCCGUGGGGCUGGGCAGCGAGGACGUCAUCCUGGUGGUGAAGGAACCCAUCGACCCUCGGGCUCUGCCCCACCGUUUCGCCCGGCUCCGGAAGAUGUUGGGCACCAAGACUUACCUGGAGUGGCCCCACGAGCCCGGGAGGAGACAAUUCUUCUGGCUUCAGCUCCGCA